CGUUUCUUCUAUUUUAAGCAUUAGCAACGCUCAAAUUCCCCUGCGUUUCCGUCUGCAAUAUUUUCCCUCCCAUGCCACAAUACUGCAGAGGAAACAAAGAUGGCUUAUGUUCCACCGCACAGAAGAGUACAGGCGUCGUCUAGUUCUGAAACAAUUCCACGCUCUACGGAGAGACUAUACGAUCACCCACGGGAGGACGAUGAUGAAGGAUCUACUGUUUUCAUUUGGUUUGCUGUUGAUGCAAAUGCCAAUCUGCCGCCUAAUUUGAAGUUUGAAUUCAAACCCUUUGGAGAGACAUCGUUUUUACAUCUGCGAGACACGAAGGUUUACACCAUUUCCGUACAGUCCCAUCCUGUAGACGAUGCAACAAAUGAUAUGAGAUCCUUGAUGAAUAAUGAGAGCCCUCCAUGGAGGUAUACAUCAAAUAAAAUAAAGGAUGAUUUAAGAAAAUGUUUCCACAAGCUUGAGAAGUAUGUCAAGAUGUCAAAGCCUAACUAUGCCAAGCCUUCUUUUACAGCUCGAUUUGGAAAAAUCAUAUUUCACGGCUAUGGGUUAGAAUCGCAUAAAAGUGUCACCUUAGAUAUCUUGGAGAAAACGUUUCAUAUUGAAAGGCAUUUUCAAACUCCAUCAAAGAUAUUUUAUACAAACAUUCCAAAAGAUAUUUUUGAAGCCGUAAAACAAAAGGCAAUUAUGAGUUUGGCAUCGCCAACAUUAAAAGAGAAAGUUGUGUAUCUAAUUCUGGUUAGGAAUGUUUCGGAUCGUAGUAUUGGUAUGGAGGUGACAUGUCACAAGAAAGACAUAGAUGGUAAACAAAUUGAAGUCAAGAAGGCAAUUCAAGAAGUUGGAAAUGGUAAGGAAAGUAAGAAAGGAGGUGGAGCAAUAUGUGCAGAGAGCAUUGGUUUUAUUGCUGAAGGAGUCAGAGAGGCAAGGAAGAGGAAUAUGCCAACUGCAGAGGAUCCAGUCAAGGUUAAGAAAGCUAAUCUAGAAACCUCCUCCAUAAAAUCAAGACAAUCCAAAAGAAUUGCACCCUCCUUCGGUUCUGCAAAGCCAUCCAGCUCUGUGAAAUUUGAAGCCAAAUCAUUUGGAAAAGGAGAAAAAAGGAAGAAAGAUAAGGAUGAUGAAGAGAUUGAAUCCAAUGAAGUUGUGAAGAAGAUAAAGUCCAAGGGCAUUAAAGGAUCAAAAGUCUCCAAGGACAAGCCCUCUGAUAGAGAGAAAGCACACAAGAAGAUGAAGCUAGAUCCAUCUGGUAUGUCUAUUGAAGAUGUUGAAAAAUCUCUCACUGUUUAA